GUAUACAGUGUACCCGCAUACAGGGCAGGGUAAAGAGAUAGGCUGGUCUUGUUUUACGUCGUAUAUAUUAUAUUCCACUGACUGUGUUCAGUCGACACGAGGGCGUAGGUGGCCUUUAGAUACGUACUCUCCCUCUCGUUUGGAUCGUUGUAUAUAGGUUACCCUCGGAUCCUUUACAAGGUGUGCUAUUUUGACUGGCUGUGAUAGUCAUCAACUGAGUAAGACAGUGUCAAGCAAGGAGGCAUACUAACUGAAACAGGAAAACAGACAUCAGAAUGGAAAAAGUUAACUGUGUCAGCCUUUUCGUCCUUGUGGUGUUACAAGUGGUUACAGCAGACAUUCGCAAUGUCAGGAUGGAUGGAAAUGAUAACUGUGGGUACAGUUAUACCGUAUUACAAGAAGACUACGGGACAAUCCUAGUACACUGGGUAGGCCGACCUGUGGACGAAGGAUGCACGCUUAGGUUUAACGUAGAUAGUGACAUUGACGAGGCGUGUGUGGUAGCAACAACCCAGGUUAUGCCAGAAUGUCGACAAAAAAUUAGGUUUUACCGCGGAUAUGACAGCACAUAUAAGCAGGAACUGGAUUGUUAUUCUGGCGAAUUCAAGUUUUGUAGUGAAGGCAAAAGCAAGAUAUUAUUGAAGUUCCACAACGCUGACUCGUUGACCGCUUCCAAUGUUACACUCAAGGUGUAUGGAAUAAGCGAUGAUGAUGACGACGAUGAUGAUUACUAUUAUCUGAUCAGGCCUAUUGCGACUGGAGCAGGGGUCGUGUUGGUUCUCAUCGGCAUUGCGAUUGGUUGGUGCGUCUUCCUGAAAAUAUCCAGGAGAAAGGAACGUCAACGUAAAGAGAUGUUGGCAACUAAUCCACCCAAAACUUGGGCUCAACAGGCACAGGAGCAGCAGGCACAGGGCUACACAUACAACACACAGCAGAAUGCCAUGUAUCCAGUAGCUCAGCCGAGUGCACCCCCUCCAUCUUAUGGGAAGCCCUACUAACAGGUUCACAACAACGUGUGGUUAGGUGUUUGAGACGCAGAUCCUUGUUCCUACAUCUGCCAUCGCUUCCUUCGUAUCCCAUGUCAAUCUAAAGACAUUAGCUUUAUCAAGCCAUCUCAUCAAUAAUGCCGACCUCACUAUUACCUUGCAUUGUACAUAGUUUUAUCAAUUUCAAGUGCUUCAAAUUACAUGCAGCUGUGAUAUCUCAAUUUUAACCAGAACUAUAUAUCGCUGUUUGGCUCAUAGUGUGGAAACAAACAUCACCAGUGGUUGUUGGAUAGGAACGAUGGGUGUUGGUAAUGUUUAUGUAAUAUCGCCCUGAAAGAUUUUAUUAAAAGUUAAUUGAUUUAAUGAGACCAAGAUGCAUGGCUUGGUAUAAGUUUCUGACAUGAUAAAUGUCAUGCCGGAUCCAUUGUAUACAUAUCUGUUUGGUUGAACUCAGGGAGGAUUGUUUAUUUUUAAUUAGAAUAUUUACUCGCUUUACUGUUGGUGGUGCUGCAUAUACAUCAUAAGUAAUAACGGCAGUGUGAUCGGAUAUUGACACAUGUUGACACUGGAUCCGAACCAACAAAUUGUUUCAUUCCUUGUACUUAAAUGGAUACAUGACCAGAGAAGUUAUAGCGUAGACAAAUAAUUUGUCAAAUUGUUAAGACAAUCCGCCUUUUUUUCAAGAGAGUCAUAAUGCUUAAACAACGGAAAGCUUGAUCAUAGUACUUAGAUAUUGGAAAGCUUGAUCAUAAUACUUAAAUAAUGGAAAGCUUGAUCAUAAUACUUAAAUAAUGGAAAGCUUGAUCAUGAUACUAAAAUAUUUAAAAGCCUGAUCAUGAUACUUAAAUAAUGGAAAGCUUGAUCAUGAUAUUUAAAUAAUGGAAAGCUUUAUCAUGAUAUUUAAAUAAUGGAAAGCUUGAUCAUGAUAUUUAAAUAAUGGAAAGCUUGAUCAUGAUACUUAAAUAAUGGAAAGCUUGAUCAUGAUAUUUAAAUAAUGGAAAGCUUGAUCAUGAUAUUUUAAUAAUGGAAAGCUUGAUUUUAAGUCCAGGAACCUUAGUUAAAGGUAUAUGGGGAACAAUAGAAAAAAAAUGUAUCUCUUAAAUGACUUGUUACCAAUUAGUUAUCAAAAUUGUUUAUUUAUUGUGUUUGUUUGCCAUAGAUUGUUUGUUUCCUGUUUAUAAUCGUUAAGGCUUUUCAUUGUCUUUCCUAGCAAAUAAUCGGUCAUUCAUUUAGAUUGAAGAAAUUGCAACUUUUUAAACCUGUAAACGUGCUCUUUAUAUUACAACUAAUAAAAUCUAUUUUAAUUA